UCUAGUCAUAGUCAGACACAAGCAGACUGGUUGAGUGGCAACACACUACGAGAGGGGGGAAAAGAUCUGUAGAAUUGACUGAGCUGUUUUUAAGGGAGCCCUAGAUAGUCUCCCCUCUCUGAGCCCGGGAAGUAGUGGAAAGCGUGAGAAACUCUGCGCCUAUUCUCCGAGUAGUUCUGAAACGAGCACGAGGGGUAAAGACCGCAUCUCUAAAAACAACUCCCUUCAAACCCCUGGAACUGUGACUGUCCUGAGAACACUCCCCUCACACAUUCUCCCACUGACCGUGGAGGCGUGAGAAGAGCCGUGGAGAGGAGCAGCUGACGCGAAACAGACGAAGCACAACAAGGAAGAGAGUAAAAAGGAGAGGGGGAGGAGAAGAUGGAGGUCUUGCUUCCUGUGUUGCAGCGACACCCUGGACUGUCUGUGUUGGUGUGGGCUCUGAUGUUCCGGGUGGCCCACCGACUACUACAGAAUCUGCCUGUGCCCAAAGCGGUAGCGGUGGAUGACUUCCGCUCCUGGAAGUGGAGGAACCUCUCGGUCUCUAUGGUCCACUCCCUCCUGACAGGGACUUGGGCUGUGACCUGUGUGAUCAUUUCGCCUGAGUUGGUAACCAACAUUCACUCUUUCUACACGGCCCCGGCCUACAUGCUCAUCUGCAUCUCAUCAGGAUACUUUGUACAAGAUGCAGGUGACAUCAUUCUAACUGGACAUGCAAGAGGAUCCUGGGAGUUCUUAAUUCAUCAUGUUCUGGUGCUCUGGUGCUUCCUGUAUUCUCUGUACUCGCACCUCUACGUGGCCGGUGCUGUGGUGGCUCUCUUUGUGGAGGUUAACAGUGUCACCCUGCAUUUGAGGCUAAUGCUGAAGCUAGCAUCACAGCAGUCGUCACCUCUGUACCAAAUCAAUAAGUUCCUCAACCUCUUCACCUACAUCGUCUUCCGCCUCAGCGCACAGUUCUACCUCACAUAUUACAUCGUCCAGAACUACUCCUGGAUGGACAAAGGAGGCUACUUCCUGGUUACCAUGACUCUCAUGAACACCAUGAUCCUGAUCUACUUUUAUCGUCUUCUCCGCGCCGACUUCUUCCCCCGGAGCAGGGCUCACAUGGAGCAAAAUGGCACCCACAACAACGUCAAAAAGUUCCUCACUGAAUGACACCGAUAGUGACAUGACCGUAUACCAGAUGUUGUGUUUGGUGUGUUUGUUCGGUUACACAUCUCAUCGCAUUGUGUCAAGCUGUGACUUCAUUUUUGUUUUUUAUUAUUAUUAUUAUUAUUAUUAUAACAACAACAAAAUCUCUCUCUCAAAGGCUCGUGUUGUUGUGAGAGGUGGCCAGGAAAGGAUGUGGACAGUGGUACAUGCCCUAUAGUGAUGAUUAUGCCCACAGUGGCUGAAGAUCCCUCACUCACACUAACUGGGCAGCAUACAGUGAGAGACUGGUCUCUUCACACUGACUGGGAGAAUCCUACUAAAUUACUUCCAGGAUACUGUGCCACUUUUGCUUCUGAUCAUAGCUAAUACAAUUGUUAACAAUAUAGGAAUUUAUAUGAUUCAUGUGGAAUGCUCUUUUACAGAAAAAAUGCUAACAAUCAUACAUGCAUACAGUAGAGAAACAAACUGCCAAGGAUAACAGGGACCACCUUGGUUGCUGUACAGCCCACCCCACAAAUUCUGUCAGGUGUGGCUUAGCAACAUAGUUUUAUUGAAAUUUCCACUAAUAGGAUUUUGUAAAUGUACUAUAAUACAAUCAAUAUCUGACACUAACAAACUGUCAGACAAUACAUCUGUUUCACUUUCAUUCUUCCCUGUUUGGUCUCAAAAGGUCAACACCAAUACAUGGGUGACUGGCAUUCUUACAACAGCGACCAUUCUUUUCAGUCCAUAAAUCUAACGUAGUGAAAUGCAUGUAUCCCAUGGAAAGUAGCUGAAUGUACAGCCAGGUCAAUUUUAAUUUAUUUAUUGAGGUUACAAGAAUUUCUUCUCUUCAAGUUAUUUAUCAAAGUGAACCGAAACGGACAGGUCCAGAAGAUGGGUUAGCCUUGAGUCUUGGUAAGCCAUAGUAGUGCCUAUACCGCAGUUCCUUCGCAACAAUUUCCCCUGGAUAGCCCCCAUAGUAUGUCUAUAGAUGGUGUUGGGGAAGCUACUAAGCAAAAACAAAAAAAGAAGCUUCUUCUCACUGUCGACUGCGUUUAUUUUCAGGAAACUUAACAUGUGUAAAUAUUUAUACGGAUAUAAGAUUCAACAACUGAGACACAAACUGAACAAGUUCCACAGACAUGUGACUAACAGAUGGAAUAAUGUGUCCCUGAACAAAGGGGGUGUCAAAAGUAACAGUCAGUAUCUGGUGUGGCCACCAGCUGCAUUAAGUACUGAAGUGCAUCUCCUCAUGGACUUCACCAGAUUUGCCAGAUCUUGCUGUUUAAAAAAAAUAUUUUAUUUCACAUUUUUAUUUAACCAGGAAGGCCAGUUAAGAACAAGUUCUCACUUACAACUUCGACGUGGCCAAGAUAAGGCAAAGCAGUGCGAACAAAAACAGCACAGUUACACAUGGGAUAAAGAAAUGUGCAGUCAACACAAUAGAAAAAUAUACAGUGUGUGCAAAUGUAGUAAAAUUAGGGAGGUAAAGCAAUAAAUAGGUCAUAGUGGUGAAAUAAUUACAAUUUAGGAUAGUAGGUAGGAUAGUCAGUUUAACAAGGGUAUGUUUGUUUGGCAGCAUGAGUGAAGGAAGCUUCAUUGCGAAAUAGGAAGCCAAUUCUAGAUUUCAUUUUGGAUUGGAGAUGCUUAAUGUUAGUCUGGAAGGAGAGUUUUCAGUCUAACCAGACACAUAGGUAUUUGUAGUUGUCCACAUAUUCCAAGUCAGAGCUGUCCAGAGUAGUGAUGCUGGACGGGUGGGCAGUUGUGGGCAGCGAUCGGUUGAAGAGCAUGCAUUUAGUUUUACUUGCAUUUAAGAGCAGUUGGAGGCCAUGGAAAGAGAGUUGUAUGGCAUUGAAGCUCAUCUGGAGGUUAGUUAACACAGUGUCCAAAGAAGGGCCAGAAGUAUACAGAAUGGUGUCGUCUGCGUAGAGGUGCAUCAGAGAAUCAUCAACGGCAAGAGCGACAUCAUUGAUGUAUACAGAGAAUAGUCGGCCCGAGAAUUGAACCCUGUGGCACCCCCAUAGAGACUGCCGGAGGUCCGGACGACAGGCUCUCAGAGUUCAGUGUGUCAAAUCGAUCUGAGAAGUAGUUGUGAACCAGGCGAGGCAGUCAUUUGAGAAACCAAGGCUGUUGAGUCUGCUGACAAGAAUGUGGUGAUUGACAGAGUCGAAAGCAUUGGUCAGGUCGAUGAAUACAGCUGCACAGUAUUGUCUCUUAUCGAUGGCGAUUAUAUCGUUUAGGAUCUUGAGCGUGGCUUAGGUGCACCCAUGACCAGCUCGGAAACCAGAUUGCAUAGUGAAGAAGGUACGGUGGGAUUCGAAAUGGUCGGUGAUCUGUUUGUUAACUUGGCUUUCGAAGACCUUAGAAAGGCGGGGUAGGAUAGAUAUAGGUCUGUAGCAGUUUGGGUCUAGAGUGUCUACCCUUUUGAAGAGGGGGAUGACCGCGGCAGCUUUCCAAUCUUUGGGGAUCUCAGACGAUGCGACAGGUUAAACAGGCUAGUAAUAGGGGUUGCAACCAUUUCAGGGGAUAUUUUUAGAAAGAGAGGGUCCAGAUUGUCUUGCCCUGCUGAUUUGUAGGGGUCCAGAUUUAGCAGCUCAUUCAGAACAUCAGCAAUCUGAAUUUGGGUGAAGGAGAAAUGGGAGAGGCUUGGGCAAGUUGCUGUGGGGGGUGCAGGGCUGUUAACCGGGGUAGGGGUAGCCGGGUGGAAAGCAUGGCCAGCUGUAGAAAAAAUGCUUAUUGAAAUUCUCAAUUAUUGUGGAUUUAUUGGUGGUGACAGUGCUUCCUAGCCUCAGUGUAGCGGGCAGCUGGGAGGAGGUGCUCUUUUUCUCCAUGGACUUUACAGUGUACCAGAACUUUUUGGAGUUUGUGCUACAGGAUUUAAAUUUCUGCUUGAAAAAAGCUAGCCUUUGCUUUCCUAACUGCCUGUAUAUAUUGGUUCCUAACUUCCCAGAAAAGUUGCAUAUCGCGGGAGCUGUUCGAUGCUAAUGCAGUAUGCCACAGUAUGUUUUUGUUUUUGUGCUGGUCAAGGGCAGUCAGGUCUGGAGUGAACCAAGGGCUAUAUCUGUUCCUGGUUCUCAUUUUUUUUUGAAUGGCGCAUGCUUAUUUAAGAUGGUGAGGAAAGCACUUUUUUAAAGAAUAACCAGGCAUCCUCUACUGACGGAAUGAGGUCAAUAUCCUUCCAGUAUACCCGGGCCAGGUAUCCUUCGACGAUAAAUGUGAAUCCGACCAUCACCCCUGGUGAGACAAAACCGUGACUCGUCAGUGAAGAGCACUUUUUGCCAGUUUUGUCUGGUCCAGCUACGGUGGGUUUGUGCCCAUAGGCAACGUUGUUGCCGGUGAUGUCUGGUGAGGAUCUGCCUUACAACAGGCAUACAAGCUCUCAGUCCAGCCUUUCUCAGCCUAUUGCGGACAGUCUGAGCACUGAUUGUGCGUUCCUAGUGUAACUCGGGCAGUUGUUGCCAUCCUGUACUUGUCCCGCAGGUGUGAUGCAUUGUCCUGUGCAGGUGUUGUUACACGUGGUCUGCCACUGCGAGGACGAUCAGCUGUCCGUCCUGUAACACUGUUUUAGGCGUCUCACAGUAAGGACAUUGCAAUUUAUUGUCCUGGCUACAUCUGCAGUCCUCAUGCCUCCUUGCAGCAUGCCUAAGGCGCGUUCACACAGAUGAGCAGGGACCCUGGGCAUUUUUCUUUUGCUGUUUUUCAGAGUCAGUAGAACGGUCUCUUUCGUGUCCUAAGUUUUCAUAACUGUGACCUUAAUUGCCUACUGUCUGCAAGCUGUUAGUGUCUUAAUGACCGUUCCACAGGUGCAUGUUCAUUAAUUGUUUAUCAUUCAUUGAACAAGCAUGGAAAACCGUGUUUAAACCCUUUACAAUGAAGAUCUGUGAAGUUAUUUGGAUUUUUACGAAUUAUCUUUGAAAGACAGGGUCCCGAAAAAGGGACAUUUUCUUUUUUUGCUGAGUUUAGUUUACCAAGCGAACUUCUUCCAGUGUGAAGAAAUUGGUAAGGUGCACUAAAGCCACCCUUAAAUGAUAUUUUUAUUAUGUAACUAAAGUUACUUUUUCAAAGUUAACACAAAUUUAAUCUAAACUACUUUGUAGAAACGUAAAUCUGAUAUGAUUUAGACUACAAAUUGCAAGAACCAAUCACUUUGGGGUCAUAUGGUAACGAUGUGUAAUUUAGCUUAUUAAACACGUUUCAAGUGUGAAUGGCUGUGCUGCUGCUUCAGUUUCAACUGUUCUGCCUGCAGCUAUGGAACCCUGACCUGUUCACCGGACGUGCUACCUGUCCCAGAUCUGCUGUGUCAACUCUCUAGAGACAGCAGGAGCAGUAGAGGUGCUGACCUGUUGCACCCUCGACAACUACUGUGAUUAUUAUUAUUUGACCAUGCUGGUCAUUUAUGAACAUUUGAACAUCUUGGUCAUGUUCUGUUAUAAUCUCCACCUGGUAAGCCAGCCAGAGGACUGGCCACCCCUCACAGCCUGGUUCCUCUAGGUUUCUUUCUAGGUUUUGGCCUUUUCUAUGGAGUUACUCCUAGCCACCGUGCUUCUACACCUGCAUUGCUUGCUGUUUGGGGUUUUAGGCUGGGUUCUGUACAGCACUUUGAGAUAUCAGCUGAUGUAAGAAGGGCUAUAUAAAUUCAUUUGAUUUGAAUGAAGCAGGUCUGAUGCCAAAAAAGCCUGGAAAUUAUUGCCUACUUCACCCAUCUUUUAUUUAUAAAAGUGGUGUGCAGUUCCAGGAGUUAGCUACACCACUACAUGGCAAAAAAAGUAACCAACUACUGAAAACACUACAAAGAUUUGAAUUUAGUUCAACUACCACCAAGCUACUGCAAAAUAGAGUAAAAUUACUAGUUGAACUACAUAGAUAGUUCACUACUCCCCAACACUAUAAAUGUGACGCUGGACUGAAUGAUGUGGACAGAAAUCUCUGUAGAACAACUGUGUACAAUAAACGGUUUUGAAGAGCUGUACGGGCUCUUGUCAAAUAUACUUUACAUUUUGCAUUUAUUUUUUUGUUAAGUUUUGGUUCCAUGAGCUGAAGUAAGAGAUCCCAGAAAUGGUCCAUAAGUACAAAAAGCUUACUUCUCUCCAAUUUUGUGUGCACAUUUGUUUACAUUCCUGUUAAUUGGCAUUUCUCCUUUUGCCAAAAUAUGCCACACCUAUCAGGUGGAUGGAUUGUCAAGCAGCAGAUUAAACCGCAUGAUCAUUACAAAGGUGCACCUUGUGCUGGCAAUAAAAGGCCACUAAAAUGUGCAGUUUUCUAUCACAGUACUGCCACAGAUGUCAAAGUUUUGAUGGAGUUUUUCCUAGUCACCGUGCUUCUACACCUGCAUUGCUUUGGCAGUACGUCCAAUUGGCAUGCUGACUGCAGGAAUGUCCCCCAGAGCUAUUGCCAGAGGUUUGAAUGUCAAUUUCACCUCCAACAUCUUUUUAGAGAAUUUGGCAGUACGUCCAACUGCCUUCACAACCACAGACCACGUGUAACCACGCCAGCCCAGCUUCUUCACCUGCUGGAUCGUCUGAGACCAGCCGGAUAGCUGAUGAAACAGGAGUAUUUUUGUCUGUAAUAAAGCCCUUUUGUGGGGAAAAACUAAUUCUGAUUGGCUGGACCUGGCUCCAGCCAAGGUCAGGCCCACCCAUGGUUGUGCCCCUGCCCAGUCAUGUGAAAUCCAUAGAUUAGGGCCAAAUAAAUUUCAAUUGACUGAUUUCCUUAUUAACUGUAACUCAGUAAAACUAUUGAAAUUGUUGCAUGUUGCGUUUUAUAUUUUUAUUCUGUAUAGUAAAAAAAAAUACAUAUCACUGUAAAAAGUAAAAUAUACCUCAACAUAUAAUAAAUGAUAAAGCAAUUGCUUGACUCGAAGAUGACAUCUCUGAUUUUAAUAAUUGUAUUUGAUGUGCCUCAUUAAAGCUCUUUAAAAUA